GUUCCAUGAUGAUGAAUUCGAUAUAUUUUUACUAGAGGAACAUUCGGACGCGCAACAUUCGGUGGUUUUAACAUUAUAUAUUUUUUCUUUUUAUAGUGCUCACGGAUGUGAAGUGGUGUUUAAAAAUUCGACAGAUUAAGUGACAAAAUGCAAUCAGAGAAAAUGUCAGGACCCAGUUCUUACCCGGAACAACCUCCUCCCUACAGCGGACCCGCACCAUCACAUCAGCCAAUGCAACCAUAUGGAAUGCAAGCCACCGUGGUUCAACCAACCGUGGUACCCGCAGUGAUACCCAUGGUAGUGGGCCAGCAGAUGUCCCCAGGCGCCGCCAGGGUGACCUGCCGUUCCUGUGGUAUGGAAAUCAUAACCAGGGUUGAAACCAGGCCGACAAUGCGAACACAUCUUUUCGCCGCUCUUCUUUGUCUUAUAGGAUGCUGGCCAUGCGUUUGUGUGCCGUACUGCGUUGACUCUUGCAACAACGCUGACCAUUACUGCCCUAACUGCAACGCCUACGUCGGAAGCUACAUUAACUAAUACUUUUCCAUCGAUGUAUUUAAAAUAUUUAUUGUCUUCGCUAAGAUUAGAAUCUAUAAGGAUUAUUUUUCAUUGUUCAAUUAUUGAAGAUUAAGUUAAGAUAAAAAUCAUUAUUAAUGAAGGUUAUUUGAAAGAAAAUUAUCGAUAUGUUUAUAAUUUUUCUUAUUUUGAUUUGAAAUUGGCGAAAAAUUACAGUUCUAAAAGUUGGCUGUGAAAAAAGGAAAAACCUUGUUGGUUAAAUAUUAAUUAGAUAAUUACACACGUCUAAAUCUAUAUAAUAUGUACGUACCUACAUGUCGUAUUCGAGCGAAAUUGCUGUGGGCCAGGACUUAUGCCGGUUAACAAACUACAAAAUAUAUUGACUUAUUAAAAUUAAUUAGAAAAUAUUGCAAUUUUGUACCUACACCUAUCAGUGGAGCUUAAGACAGGAAUACUUAGUUUCAGUGCAAACUAAUGGAAAAACAUCCAAAUGAGAGCUCUCGUUUUCUCUUCACAAUAAUCCUGUUUACAGUUAAUUUGUAAUAAAUGUAUAAUAUUUUACUAUCCUUGUUUUUAAAUAAAAAUAAACGUAUAGCUAUAAAGGCAAAUUCGAAAUGUGAAAAUAAUAAUUUAUUCGGAAAAUAUUUAACGUUUUUCGUUGUAUAUAAUAAAUAAAUAAUUAAUAUUUUUGCCAUGACACCUCAUGUACAUACGUACAUAGAAAACAUACAUAUAUUAUCUAUAUUUAUUAAUAUACCGUGCUAAUUAGUAUGUCGGUUAAAUAAUGUGUUUGUUAAUUUCCUGUAAAUUGCGUAGUAUUGUCAAAUUUAGCAUAUAGAAUCUCUAUUUCUGUGUGAAAUACAGUCGAUAUAAUAAUGCUUUCUAUAAAUGCUUUUCAUUGCUUCAUGGUUUAAAUGAAGUAAAUAAAGUUAAUUUGAGAAACAACACUCUACGGCUUUAGAAAAAAAAACUUGAUAGUCGAAAGCCUUAACAAUUUCUGUCAUGCAAUUUGAAAAUAGACUUUAACAGUACUCCGGAUUUUCUAAACUUUUUUAGAGUUUGUGAAUGAACAAAAUGAAACAAUAUCAUGGUUUAAGAGUGCCAGAAAAUUAACGAUAGAUUUUCUACUUUAUGUAGCCCUAUCUAAGACCGUAGCAACGUGCCUUACAAUCGUUGACGCUAGCAAUAUGAAUGACAUACCCUACCGAUAGACUUAUGUUAUGUAAUUUAAAAAGUUUCUUUUUCUCUUUUCUAUUAGCAUCACGUAGAAAGGCGCCUUAACUACGGUUUCUGAGCCAUUUGCUUUUGGCAGGUUAUCUUGUAAUUUUAAGCUUGUAAUAUUAAUUUUGGAAAUAACCAUGCUUAUUAAAAUUAUUAUGUGUACGUGUUGGCGCGGCAUUCAUAAUGAAUGCACACAAUAUAUUGAAACUUAUGCAGAUUAUCUUUCUAAGUUAUAAGUAUACUAUAAGUGCUUAAAACGGAUUUCAUAAUUAAUAAACUGAUUAAUAAUUUAUAAUUUGACUGAAUAUAAACUUGAAACAAUAAAA